GUUCUUUUGACCUAUUUUUUGGAACCUACUUAAAUACUACUCCCAAGUGACUAUUCUUUGUUGCCAUCAUUUAGUCAUUUUGAAAAAAAAGUUUAAGAAAUUACCCAAGAUUUCCUUUUUUCAACUUCCUGCUGAAAAAGGGGUGUUUUUUCUUCUUACAAAUCCAGCUCAAGAUUUCAUCUUUUUGAUUUCUUGAUUGAUUGAGUAGGUUUGGGUUGACGUUGAAUUUGGGUUUCUUGUAAAUGAAAAGAAAAUGUGGGUCUAGUUCUUGUAGUACUCAAUAUAUAUGAGCUGGCUUUGUCUUUGUAUGCCACCAGCAGAAGUGAUGAAAAUUACUGUCUGAUUCUUGAAAAGGUAUGAGCAAAGUAUUGUCUUUUUAGUUCCAAAAAAUGCCUUGGGUUCAGUCUGAAAUCAGGGAAAAAUAUGAUCUUUUGAAUCAUAUUCAUCUUCUGUCAUCUCCUCAGAAAGACUCCUCUACCCCAUCAUCAUCUUCAUCUGGAAACAAAAUUAGUCCAGCUGUUCUUUUUAUCAUAGUAAUACUAGCUAUCAUAUUCUUUAUUUCUGGUGUUUUGCAUUUGUUAGUUAGGUAUUUGAUGAAACAUAGGUGGUCCUCUUCUUCAUCUAAUAGAGACCCUGAAAUGUCUGAUUCUGGUACCUAUCAAAGGCAGUUACAACAGCUUUUUCAUCUUCAUGACUCAGGUUUAGAUCAGGCUUUUAUUGAUGCUCUCCCUGUGUUUCUUUACAAAGAAAUUGUGGGUUUGAAGGAGCCUUUCGAUUGUGCUGUUUGUCUCUGUGAGUUUUCAGAACAAGAUGAAUUGAGGCUGCUCCCUUUAUGUAGUCAUGCCUUUCAUAUAAGUUGUAUAGAUACAUGGUUGUUGUCAAAUUCAACUUGCCCCCUUUGUAGAGGAAUCCUUUUCACACCUGAUUUUUGUGUUGAAAAUCCAAUCUUUUGCUUUGAUGAUUCAAUAAGAGAUGAAUGUGGUGGUGGUGGGGUUUCAGAACAUGGAAGUGUUGGUGUUGGUGUUUCUCCUGGUAUGAAACCACAUGAGGAUUUAGAUAGUACUAUUAGUUCAAGAAGGGUGUUUUCUGUUAGACUUGGCAAAUUCAAGAACACAAACAAUGGUCUUCUUGAAAAUGGGAAAAGGGAAAUGGGAGAGACUAGUAACAGUAGUUUGGACUCAAGGAGGUGUUUUUCAAUGGGGUCUUUUCAAUAUGUGGUGGAUGAUUCAGAAUUGCAAGUGGCAUUUUGUCCCAAUAGUGCUAAAAAUCAUGGUGUUGAUGGUGGUGGUGGUCAGUUGAUGAGGGGAAUUGUGAAAGGGAAAAGUGGACACAAUGGAAGUUCUGCAAAUGAUGGAGACAAUUAUGGCAAAAGGAUUGGAAAUAAAGGGGAGAGCUUUUCUGUUUCCAAGAUUUGGCUAUGGUCUAAGAAGGAUAAGUUUCAUAAUUCUGCAGAUAAUGUAAGUUUGCCAUGGACUGAUGAUCAUAGAACUCAACCUGUUUGAAGAUAGUUAUACAAAUCUUUUUUUUUUUUUGUCUUUCUUUCAAUUGCCUUGUAGUUUGGUUAAAUUAAAGUUUACAUUUGAUUAUUCAGUUGCCAAAGUUCUUUUGGAGCUUUUACUUUUUCA